AAGCAGAUCCACUCUCCAACGAUGCAUUCACACUUUUAAGGACCUUCGCAGAAGACACACAUCUUCUCCAAGAUGAAGACCUUCGCCGCCGCUGUCUGCGCCCUCCUAGUCUGCAGCGCUUACGCUGAAAAGGACGAGAAGGUGGAAGCACGUGGAGGUCUCUUGGGUGCUGGUCUUGGAGGUUACGGCGCUGGUGUCGGAGGAGCUGGACUUGUCGGCGCUGGUGUCGGAGGACCCGGACUUGUCGGGGCUGGUGUCGGAGGACCCGGUCUUGUCGGGGCUGGUCUCGGAGGCGUCGGCCUUGGCGGCGGAUAUGGCGGAGGCUUCCAGUCUGGCUACGGCAAUGCCGCCGGUGGCCACCAGGCUGGAUUCCAGCAUGGCGCUGGUGGUUACAACCAGGGCUCCGGAGCAUUCGCUGGCGGUGCCUCCAACAGGAACGUGAACGCUUACAAUGACAACAAGGGCUACAGCCACAGCUCAGGCUUCUCGGCCUCUGACAGCAAGGCCUUCGGCUCUGGACACAAGCAGGGAUCUUCUGGCUUCCAAGGUGGCGCUGCCGGUCAACAGGGAGGAUAUGGAUCUCAGUCAUUCGGACACCAGGCUGGGACUGGCUAUGGUGGUGGAUACCUUGGUUAGAUUGAAUGCUUCACAUGAAGAGGAACGUCGGCUGCUUUCAACUCGCUACACGGACAUCAGAGAGGGAAAUAAAAGUUGGUCUCUUUAAAGCUGAA